AUGGAGUUAAGGAAGGCUGAAACAUCAAAUAUUCCAAGCAAUAUUAGAACAAGGAUAAUAUUUUAAAUAUAUUUGCUAGCACUUGGAAUAACUUUAAUGGUUUUAUCUAUUAUAGCUUAUGUUUCUAUAACUGAAAAUAUUAUUUAUAUUAGAAAUAUUGUUUAAAAUUGGAAUUAACUCCCUAUUAAAUAAAUUAGGGAAACUGAUGGAGAUUGCAAUUAAAAUGUAAAAAUCAAAAAUAUUUUAGGAAGAAUUAAUUAAUAAUUACAAUUGGCCUGGCAUAAAUCAAGGUUGCGAUUGUAGAGAAGAAGAUCAUUAUAUUACUCCAAAGAGAUUAUUAUUUAAUAAAGAGGACAAAAUUUAUGAAAAAGAAUGUAAUUCUUCGAUGAGGGAUGCAGGAUGCAAAGAUAUUGAUGAAAUGAGUUCAAGAAAUUUUAAUAAAUUACCAAUUUAAUUAGGGAAUGCAAAACUAAGUAUUUGUGCUUAAAGAGAAACAGCAAAUAAUACUUUUGCUUAAAAUUCACCAAAAUCAAAUGAAUGCUAGGAAGGUGAAAAAAAAUGUGGAACUGCUUCUGAUUAUUUUUAUUGUACAAAAGAAAAUGAAUGUCCAAUCUUUUAAAUCAAAAAUAACUUAAAUAACUAAAGUGGAAUUCAAAAUUAUUUUCAAACAUUCAGAGAAAAUGAAAAAACACUACCUUUAGUUUAAUUUAAAAUAGCCUAAGGAAAUGGUGUUUGUAGAAAAGUAAAUGAAAGAAGCAUUACUUCAGGAAGAUCAAAUUAUUAAUUGAUAUCUGAUCCUGGAUAUGAUUGUGAAAGAGAUCAAAGAUUUAAAUUAAUUUAUCUCUUUAAUGAAUUUUAUUUUUAUAAAGUUAAUAAUGCAUUAGAUAUUGCUAAAUUAGCACCAGGCUAUGAAAUUUCAAGUCAGUAUGAAUGGGGUUAUUAAUUAUUAAUUUUAUUUUAGGUUUAUAUGCAAGACAUUAUAUAAAUUUUACGUUAAGUUGUAGAUAAUAUUAGCAAGAAUUUAUGGAUACGGUAGAUAUUUUAGAAGAUAUUGAAACUAAAUAAUUAGUUUUGAUGAUAAUUUCUAUCAUUUGUUUAGUAUUCUUUAUUAUCCUAUUAAUUUUAAAUUGUCUAACAAUAAAAGGAUAUGAUCUACCUUGUAUUAAAGGAAAAGGAUCAUAAGAAUCAAAUACUUUAUUGUGCAUUUAAGCUUCAAUAAAAGAAGCUUUUUAGUUAAUUUAAGCUAUCAUAGUAAUAGUAAGCUUUUCAACUGUGAACGGUCUAAUUAAUUUUUAUUCCAAUUUAAUAGAUGAAAAUUGUGCUGAUUCUAUUACUUUGGUAUAUUUUUUAUUUAUAUAUAGGAUGAUAUUUCUAUAAUUCGAAAUGUUUUUAAAGAUACAAUUUAUAACUAUAAUAUUGCAUAUAUUAUUAUGUUUUUCAUUGGAGCAUGCAUCGAUCUCAUAUUUGGAGCAUAUUUAUUGAGUAGGUAUUAUCAAGAAAGAAAGCAAUUGGCUUAGAUACGUUCAGGAAACUAAAGUAAUCAUAUUCUAUAUUUUCAUAGAUAAUCCUGAACAAGAUUAUCUUAAAUAAUAAUAAAAUAGGCAAAUUAAUGAUUUUUAACAACCUUCAAAUAUGCAUCCUUAAUAAUAAUUCAAUAUUGAAUAAUAUCCCUCAAAUAUUUAAUAAUAACAAAUUUAUUAAAAUCAACCAAUAUAAAAUUAUUAGUAUCAGCAAAAUCCAUUUUAGACUUAAAAUUGA